AUUGUGUUUUUCAGCGUGCGUUUACUUCUCAUAUCACAAGUUCUAGAUGUUCUUGAGAAGUGUCAGUUUACUGAGAAUAUUUCACGGAGGAAGGUUUGGAAAUCUGUAUAAAAAGGUUCAGCUUCUUCAAGCAAGCAACGCACAGCACAAGUCAUCGUUAGCAUAUGUAUGGGGUGCCAAAGAUGGUGGCCAACURGGAAGAAUUACUGUGGCUAACAACACCCCAUCUAAGUUCCCAAUAGAAAAUGAGGUAUCUCAUAUUGGAUGUGGCAAUGGGUUCACAGUGGUGUCAGAAAAUACAGGAAAUAGACUGUGGAUGUGUGGAUUGAAUACAUCKUAUCAAUGUGGAAAUAAUUUUUCAGAUGUUAUACUGGAGCCUUAUCAAGUAGAUUUACCUGUGCACGACUUGAAAACCAGUAUAAAACAGAUAUCCUGUGGUCGAUCACAUACAAUGGUCCUUACAGACAAUGAAGGAGUAUUUGCUUUAGGAGGAAACACCCAAGGUCAAUGUGGAAUUGGAGAUAAAACCAUUCCUUAUGUACGGGAUAUCCAGAGGGUUAAACUUCCUGAUGAAAAAGAUAAAAUUACCAAGGUUGUUUGUGGCCUGGAUCACACAUUGUUUCUCUCUGAGACAGGAAAAUUGUUURCCUGUGGUUGGGGAGCAGACGGACAGACAGGGCAAGGUCACUUUGAUGAUGAGCCAUGUAUAAAACAAGUCAAGAGUGAAAUUGAUGGCGUUGUAAUCAAAGAUGUUGCCUCCUCGGCUGAUUGUUGUUUAGCUCUUUCAAAUCAUGGAGAGGUAUUUUCUUGGGGGAAUUCGGAGUACAAUCAACUUGGCCUAGACACCCAAGACCAACAAAUUUCUGUAGCAACAAAGGCAGCUAUUCUAUGUGAGCUGGGCGUGGUCAAACAUGUGGCAGCUGCUGGUUCAUUUUGUGUUUUGGUAACAGAGGAGGGCGUGGCAUACACAUGGGGUUAUGGAGUACUUGGGUGUGGCCCUGAGAUAAUAUCUAGUAAACUACCACAACGAAUCAAGGCGUUUGAUGACUUAGAUGAUAAAAUAGCCCAAGUGCAUUGUGGUCUUGAUCAUGCUGCCAUAGUAACAGAUUCAGGAGAAUUGUUUGUAUGGGGAAGAGGCAGUUUUGGAAGGCUUGGAGUUGGACAAACACUCGACCAAUGGAUACCAAAACGCGUUGAACUUCCAGGCUCUGUACAAGAAGUGAGUUGUGGAGUGGAUCAUAUGGGAGUUGUACUGAAGACAGCGGAAUGAUACGUUUUCGCGCUUCGAACAAUGUACUAUCACUUCAGUUCUUUUGGUAACUGGCCUAACUGMAUUGACAUGCAACUAGUUAAACAAAGACCAUGUGUAGGAAGAMAGAAAUACUCUGGCGUCCUCUCUUUGGAUAAAACAUACGAUUGAGUGGAGAAGAUGACAACYAAAAUUGGGAAGAAGCGGUUUUGUACUGAAAAAGUUUCUACUCGAAAAAAAUUACAUGUAUAAUAUUAUUGAUAAGUAGUUGUUUGGAAAAACAUGUAAUAAUAAAAGUUAAGGAAACGAAACGUUUCGUUUCCUUAACUUUUAUAAUAUUAUUUAUAAUAAAAUUUCUAUUAACUUGGGCCUUGCAUCCAAGAACUUUUCUCACAUACGAAAUAUUUGUUAAAUCAUUACUCCAUGAAGAAAAGUAUGAAUGUAGCGAAACUGCAGAGUGUAGAUCCAGAGGUCGGCAUUUGUAAUGAAACUGGAAACUGCGGUUUCCAACCYCAAGGUGAGGGAUAACUUCAAUAAGUCUUAUCGCCUAGAAACCGUAUAAUUUGUGGGCGAAAUAAUGUGUUUAUGAAGCGACGCAACUAGUCCAGUCGCUGG